ACUCUUGGUUGAUCAUGUGACUCUCUCCGCUUCGCCAUUUUCUUCCUCUCCGCCGGCGAUCUAGCUCCUGUCAGAUCCGUGACCGUCUCUUGCGCUCCGCUCCUGCUCCUACAAGACCUGUCAGCCUUGAACAGCGCUCCCUUAGAGCCUACACCUCCUAGACUGAAGCCUUCCUCCCUCUCUGUCUUUAGUUUUAGGUGUCUGAACGCGCAAGAAGAAUGUCCGCCGAGAGCCCCCUGUACUCUCCCUUCUUCGCAGUGAUGGGUGCCUCGGCAGCAAUGGUGUUCAGUGCAUUGGGUGCUGCAUAUGGGACAGCCAAGAGUGGCACAGGCAUUGCUGCCAUGUCAGUGAUGCGACCGGAGCUGAUCAUGAAGUCCAUCAUUCCCGUGGUCAUGGCGGGUAUCAUUGCCAUCUAUGGCCUGGUGGUGGCUGUACUUAUUGCCAACAACAUGGCUCCCGGAAUCACGCUCUACAAGAGUUUCUUGCACCUGGGUGCCGGGCUGAGCGUGGGUCUGAGUGGUCUCGCAGCUGGCUUCGCCAUUGGUAUCGUGGGAGAUGCAGGAGUGAGGGGCACAGCCCAGCAGCCUCGCCUGUUCGUGGGGAUGAUCCUUAUCCUAAUUUUCGCUGAGGUUCUGGGGCUCUACGGGCUAAUUGUCGCUCUUAUCCUGUCCACCAAGGGUUAAUCACUCUUAUCAUCUCUUACACAUGAACAACCAUCAACCACACACACACACACACACAAACAUCCUCCAAAUGAUACACAUUGAGUAACUUCACCACCCGAAAUGAUGAGAGAGGAAUUUUUGCGUGCAUGCAUGUAUCGUGAGUGUGCUGUUUGCAAGUGAAUGUAUGAUUGAACUUCCUCUCUGUGUAUAGUAGCCUGAUGUGCGUCCCCCUGUAAAUGCGCUGUGUAGCUAUUGCUCUCGUCCUGUGUGUGUGUUUAAAUAGAUGCUCUCUUUCUCCUAUGCUACACUUGUUUGUCAUCCUCCUUUUAUUUUGUCUUAAUUUUAUUCUCAUUUGAAGAACAAAUCAGCCGUCGUUUAGUUUUCUCCCUUUUGGGACCAUUCGAAUUGAAACUGUUUUUUUUCUGUUCUUGCUGAUUAUUUAUGAAGAUUGAGAUGUUCAUUAAACAGUUAAAUGGAUAAAAGUCUUUAUUGAAAUAAUGUUUAUCUAAAUACAUGAGUGUGUGUGUGUGUGUGUGUGUGUAAUAUGAUAAAUAUAUAUACAUAUAAGUCUGUAUAGGUAGGUGAAUUGCACAGUGGGAAAUUUGUGGAGUUUCUUUGGGUAUGUAAUCAUUGAUUACCAUUGAGACCGUUGUCUUAAUCAAGGUAUUGAUGUGCAAGUUUACUAAUUGUGUGUGAAAUGAAUGGAUGCACACGUGUGCCUGUGAGCGAGCGUGUGCUUUAACUCUUAACAUGACAUUCUUCAGACGUGUAGCGUUGUACCUGUAGUUGAUACUGUUUCUGGUUCCAUUCAUGGGUGAACACCAGCCAGCUUGUCCAGUUUCCGAAUAAAACUUCCUCAACCUAA